CAACUGUCAUCAACGCCUUUGCAUAUUUUUAUUCGUUUUGCUCCUAUUAUCAAAGAAUGACUAAUUUUCGUGAGUGUUUUUCGAUGUUUCGUUUUUUAAUAAAAUAUUUCCAAUAAAAUAAAAUAGCCAAAGGGAAAUAAAACAAAGAAAAUAUAUAUUCUAAUAAGCAUAGUAAAACGGUGUAAAAUUGUGUGUGUUAAGCAAAAAGUGUAGUGCGGUGAUAUUUAAAAUUCUGGAAUAAAAAAAUACGAGAUAACAAAAGCAAACAAAAAAAUGAAGAAACAAUUUACAAAAAUUAAAAUAGCAGCUGAAAAUCUCUCAAGAUCAACCAAACCGGAUCGUAAAGAUUGCGAAUUGGAAAUAAUUGAGAAGCAGGUGGAGAAAUAUCGUGAUGUUCUCGAUAAAAUGGUUAAGAAACUGCCUGCAGGCUCAGCUGAUAUACAAGAUCGCGAUAAGCGCAUAAAGAAACAGAGCCAUUAUAAAAUUGGUCAAGCCCUGGAGGAGUCAUCGAAAGAGUUAUCAACUGACAUGCCACUGCACCAUGUUCUUUUAAAUAGCGGCGAACUUGAAAAGUCAUUGGCUGAAUGCAUAGUCGACAGUGAACUGGAGACAGAAUUUAAAGUGGUGAAGCGUCUUAAAUUAAUUUUAGACAAGGAAAUACAAGAGAUCUCAACACUGAAGCGUAAUGUGUCGCGCACACUGCAAGAAUAUGCAUCUUUAACAAGGAGUUAUGAGGCCUCCAAACGUUUGGACGAACCUCAGGCCAAAAUCAACAACAUAAAAGACCAACAGGAACAGUGUGAGGUGAAAUUGGAGAAGGAACGUGAUAUGUGGGCUGCUCAAAUGUUCGAACUCAUUGCCAAAGAAGAUGUCAUAGUCCACUGCAUCAGGGACUAUGUGAUCAACCAAAAAAACUACCACGAGCGUGCUUUGCGAAAGGUCGACUCUUCGUUGGCCAACAUCCAGGAGAUUAUAGAGUCAACGGUAAAGUCGAGGUUUGGCACCUGCCUAACGGAACACCUGGCCUCCACAAAUCGUGAGAUAUCCUACAUCAUUGAGUUGUGCGUCUGCUGUCUGGUGGAGAAUGGCCUCCACGAAGAGGGUCUGUUGCGGGUGGGUUGUGCCAGCACCAAACUGAGACGCAUGAAACAUGCCCUGGAGGCUCAACAUGUCAAGACCCCCCUGACCACAGACUACCAGGAUCCCCAUGUCAUUGGCUCCAUACUCAAGUUGUAUUUGCGCGAACUACCAGAGCCCCUGCUGACCUACAGAUGCUAUGAUGAUUUUAUAAAAAUCGUCGAGUGUCAUUCGGAGCAAGAACGCAAAUCCGCCAUUAAAGCCACUCUGGCCAAACUGCCCAAGGCGAAUUAUGACAAUUUGCGCUAUUUAACCAAAUUCCUGUGGCUGGUCACGCAAAACGUGGAAUACAACAAAAUGAGUUCGCACAAUUUGGCCAUAGUGAUGUCGCCAAAUAUGCUGUGGCCACGCAAAGACGAAAACAAUCCCGACGACUACAUGGGCCAGGUGAACAGUUCGUCCGCCGUCAAUAUCAUAGUGGACUUGCUAAUCAACCAUUGGGAGUUUUUCUUUGAGGGCGAUGUCGAUUUCUUUGUCACCCUACAAAGGGGCAAACUCUAUGUUGAGGACAAGAGCAAAUCGAAUUCCUCCAAUGAGAAUUUGGAUCGUCACGAUGGAGAUGUUGCUGAAAGUCCCCGCUAUGGCACCAUACGUCGCCAGAAGGCAUGUGCACCCUCGCCACCAAUGAAAUUGCAAAAUGUGAUGGUGAGCUCUGAUCCCAAUGGAUCAUCGAUGCAGGAGACAAGCAAAAAUAAUGGCGAAUUACAGCAUAACAAUCACCAAAGAGCUAAAGAAUUGUUUCCCACAAGCAACAAUGAUAAUAAUUCAGGAACUAUGACUAAUGCCCCAUCCUCGUUGAACAACAAUAAUAAUGGCCAUACAGAAAGGCCUGAAAUUCCUCCACCACCCAAACAACUGCAAUUGCAACAGCUUCAGCUUCAGGAUAGUAAUACUUCAAAUGCAAAUAACAUAACAGGCACACAUCAGCAGCAAAACCACCAAAAUGGGGCUCCACCUCCACUUUCGGCAAAACCCGUACCCAUGACACGUACACAAUUCUUUGGUCUUGAUAAUCUGCCAUCGCCGGUGGCCGAUCGCAAAAGUAACGAUAGCGUCAACUCGAUGACAUUCAAACCAGAUCUCCCGCAAAAGCCAAAAAUUCCCAAAAGACCCAUGGUCUUGGGCCUAAACACUUUGACAACGACCAAUCGAAGCAGUGAUGAGGAGUCCGGCGGACCCAUAUCAAGCCACACACAACAGACCUCAUCAUCGACGAACAAUACGAAUGGCACAUUGAGGGGCAACAAAACUGCCGAACAAUUGGUGCAGGAACAUUGUGAUAAUGUAACGGCUUUACAGGCCAACAUUGGCAGUAGCAAUACCUCCAUACCCUCAGCCAUACAAAAAGAGGCAAAUUAUAAUAGUCAAAGCAACAACGAAGUGAAUGCCAAUCCAAAUCCCAGCCCUGCAUUAUUUGCCCCACCUCCACCGAUGGUGGUGCAAAAAAUGACAGCAACGUCCCAAAAUUCCAAUCCCAAUUCCCUGCAUGCAACAAACACUCAAGUUACUCCAACAGCGACAGGCGCAACAUUGUCUGUCCAUAACGAGAACAACAAGUCGAUGGCUGAGGCAGCAACGCCACGGCUAAUGACGCCCACCACACCUGUAUCACCCAAUAUGAUAAUGACUCCCAAAAGACCUACUGUGCCUGCCCCUCCUCCGCCUGUUAAUGUUAAGAAACAAGUAGAGUAAUUAUGGUCCCUAUAAGAAUUAUGUGAUCACCCCACCCUUUGUGUGUAUUUUUUUUUUUUGGUUUUUAUUACUAUUUUUGAAAUAAGUAUUUUUUUUUUUAAAUUUUAAUGUUUGAUUUGUUUAAUGUUUUAUGUUUUUUUUUUAUUCUCAAAAACACUUGGAAAAGUAUGACAUUUUUUUGUGAAAGGAUAUGAUGCAAAACGGACAUGGCUAGAAUUUGUAGGCCCUUAAGGCAAAGCAAUGGUCAAAUCUAGAAUGAAUGACAUCUUUUUGAUCUUGAUUCUGGACUUUUUCCAUGCCAUAUUCUGUGACCAUGUAUCCCUAAGUAUCACGCAGGAAAUUCAUUUCGAUGAAGUUGCAGUGUCACUACCCCUUAUUCACUCAAUUCACUUUUAGAAUUGUUGGCCUAUGAAAUCGAAGCUUGUCAGCCUGUGCAAGAAAUGUCUUCAAGCCUUGCGAACUGUUGGUACCCGGACCAAAGGGAUGUGGAGUGAUAUGGGAAAGGAUUCAUCAAUGAUCGCUUCCGCUUUAUACCACGCAGUCUCUGAUACGGGGUCUUAUUCUAAAGGGUUUCUUCAAGUUCCAAUGUCCCACUAGUUUGCCAAGGAGGAAAAAAUUCCCUUUUUUGUGUGUAAGACCUUCGCGAUUUGAGAAGUACCAUGAUUUAUUACUGCAAUAUGUGAUUACUAGUCCCAGAGUGAAAGCAUACAAAUUUUGAAUUUCGCAGCACUUACGUAUUCCCCGUACGAAAAGAAAAAAAGGACGGUCGAACUCAUUUAUCUAGCCUAGACUCUUUUCAAUCUCUUGAUAAGCUAAAAUGGCUGGUGCUGGAAAACUCUCCCUGAUUUCCUCAUCCCCUACUCAUAGACUUUCAUACUCAAUAUCUGCAUGCAUGUAUCAUUCAUGACUUACUUACUUUGAUGACUGUUACAGACCAUUUGCUCCUCAAGGCGAGCAUAGAAAAUAUUUCCAUGAGCUUCAUUUCAAAUUCUGAUACCCAGUUAAGAUACAUUUUGUUGUUGUUGUUGUAGCAGUGAGUUGCACACUGAGGCAGCAGCCCUUGCCGAAGAAGGAUUCCAUCGGGUCAGUCCGAUACGUAGAAUUGGCUGCCAUGGGAUUGAUCCAUUUGGUCUUUCGAUCAUGCUUGGACAACAAUAAUGGCUUAGCACGUAAAUAAGCUUUGUCUGCUGAUGGAGUUACUCCACAAGAGUACCAAGAAGGUAACCCGUCGAAGAUUGCAGAGCAACAUUCUGGCAGGUCUGCAUCCUAUUCCGUAUGAUUUCUCACUAACCGGCGUCGAAUUGUCUUACACAUAGUCUACAAAAUUUCCAGCUACGUUUCGAUCGAACAUUCAUUAGCAGUAUAUUAAAAACCUCAAAUCACAUGAUGUCACAUUGUCUUCCGUUAUAAGCAUUCACCUAAGCCACUAAGCAGCUUAGUAAACUCUUGGUGUGGAAAAUAACCUCGAAAAGUCUAUGCAAGAAAUUCAGUGCUCCCCAUAUAAUCUCAAUUUGUCUUUCAUUCUAUGCCCCCAAAAUCGGUUCAAGUCUGGUAUUGUAUACACAUCAAAGUGAUGUUAUCUGUUAGCCGCGAAAGGCGAGCAUUGGCAUAUGUAAGCUUUAACGUCUCCUUGUCCUCCCCACAUGCACACACGCUGUCAUUUGCUGUACCUAUUCUACAUGCCCUCUAUUCCUUACAUGUAUGACCUGCAAUGACAAAAAAGGCAUACAAAUCUUCUUCUUCGAAGGCCACCGUAGCGCAGAGGUUAGCAUGUCCGCCUAUGAUGCUGAACGUCGGAGUUCGAAUCCUGGCGAGAAUACCAGAAAAAAUUUGCAACGGUUUUUAUCCCCUCUCAAGUACUGGGGAUAUUUGUGAGGUUGUUUGCCUUAUAAAAACUUAUCCCAAAUAUGUGGCGCUCUGCGGCAAGACAUUCGAACUCGGCUAUAAAAAGGAGACACUUUAUCAUUAAGCUAAAAGCUGAUAUGUGAGAAGUUUUCGCCUGUUUCUUAAUGGAAUCAUCAUGGGCAAAUUUGCAAUCUUCUUCCUACUUUCCUACUUAGCUUUGUUUAUCACGAUACGGAUUCUGCAUGGGAUUUUCGCUCUCUUUUAGACCGAUUUGGGGCGUCCGGGUAGCCGAGUUGGCAGCGUGCUUGGAUUACCAGUGCGGGGGUCGUGGGUUCGAUUCUCACCAGUAGCCUUGAUCUGUCGCUACAGUGGUAUCACAAUGAACUUAAAAUUGUCUAAGUGAGUCUGUAAAGGACUGCCACUCUUACCUUACCUAACCUAGACCGAUUUAAGAUUUAACUGUGCUACAAGCUUUGAAGCGGUAGCCCUUGACGAUGAAGGAAUCCAUAGGGUCAAUCCGGUACAUAUAACCUGCUGCCGUAGGAUUGGGCAGU